AAUUUUUGAAACUGUGAAGGACCAUGAUGGUCCAUGAGUUAUUAGGACCAUGGAAGAUGCCUCCUAGCUUCAGUUCUCCCAGCAAAACUAUCGCAAUUGAUCGUCUUCUCCGGUGUAUGAUGGGAAAAAAAAGUUAGUUCCAUGUGGAAGCAGAAACCACAGUGAUUUUGUUUUGGUAUCAGCAGUGAUCAAAACCACCGAAUUCCAAGUUUUCAGCUCUAAACCAUUCAUCCGUUGAUCAAGAUGGAUCAUGGGAGGCAAGUGUUUACGGUGGACCUUCUAGAACGAUAUGCUGCUAAAGGGCGUGGAGUUAUCACAUGUAUGGCUGCUGGAAACGAUGUCAUCGUCAUUGGGACCAGCAAAGGAUGGGUCAUCAGGCAUGAUUUUGGGGUUGGCGAUUCAAAUGAGAUUGAUCUCUCUGCGGGUCGACCUGGGGAGCAGUCGAUCCACAGGGUUUUUGUUGAUCCUGGAGGGAGUCACUGCAUUGCCACUGUUGUCGGUCCUGGGGGAGCUGAAACUUUCUAUACUCAUGCAAAAUGGACCAAGCCUCGAGUUUUGAGCAAGCUGAAAGGUCUUGUUGUGAAUGCAGUUGCCUGGAACAGGCAACAGAUAACCGAAGUUUCCACCAGAGAAGUCAUUCUUGGUACUGAAAAUGGUCAACUUCAUGAAUUGGCUGUGGAUGAGAAGGAUAAGAAGGAGAAGUAUAUUAAAUUUCUCUUUGAAUUAUCAGAACUCCCAGAAGCUUUUAUGGGCUUGCAGAUGGAAACAGCUAGCAUAAUUAAUGGGACUAGAUAUUAUGUGAUGGCUGUUACUCCUACUCGGCUAUAUUCUUUCACUGGCUUUGGGUCACUAGAAACUGUGUUUUCAAGUUAUGCAGACCGUACAGUACAUUUCAUGGAACUUCCUGGCGAAAUACCAAACAGCGAGCUGCAUUUUUACAUUAAGCAACGAAGGGCUGUACAUUUUGCAUGGCUUUCUGGAGCUGGUAUUUACCAUGGUGGCUUAAAUUUUGGUGGAGGGCAACACAGUUCUUCAAGUGGGAAUGAAAAUUUCAUUGAGAACAAGGCUCUUUUGGACUACUCAAAAUUGUCUGAAGGAUCAGAAAUGAUCAAACCAUGUUCAAUAGCAUUGUCUGAAUUCCACUUUUUGUUGCUUUUAGGGAAUAAAGUCAAGGUUGUAAACAGAAUUAGCGAACAUAUUAUAGAGGAACUUCAGUUCGAUCAAGUUUCAGAAUCAAAAUCAAAGGGUAUUAUUGGAUUAUGUAGUGAUGCCACAGCUGGCUUAUUCUAUGCAUAUGACCAAAACUCUAUCUUUCAGGUGUCUAUUGAUGAUGAGGGUCGAGAUAUGUGGAAAGUGUAUCUUGACAUGAAAGAGUAUGCUGCUGCUUUAGCAAAUUGCCGUGAUCCUAUUCAAAGGGACCAAGUAUAUUUAGUGCAGGCUGAAGCUGCAUUUUCAUCUAAAGAUCAUUUCAGAGCUGCAUCAUUCUAUGCCAAGAUCAAUUAUAUUUUAUCAUUUGAGGAAGUCACUUUGAAGUUCAUAAGUGCUGGUGAACAGGAUGCUUUGAGAACUUUCUUACUGCGGAAGCUUGAUAAUUUAGAAAAGGGUGAUAAAUGUCAGAUAACAAUGAUAUCCACAUGGGCAACUGAAUUAUAUCUGGACAAGAUAAAUCGGCUGCUUUUGGAAGAUGAAUCUUCUUUGGAGAAUAGCAAUUCAGAGUACCAAUCAACCAUUCAGGAGUUUCGUGCUUUCCUCAGUGACAGCAAGGAUGAAUUGGAUGAAGCCACCACGAUGAAGCUUUUAGAAAGUUAUGGAAGGGUUGACGAGUUGGUAUACUUUGCUAGCUUAAAAUGUCAUUAUGAGAUUGUAGUUCACCAUUACAUUCAGCAAGGAGAAGCUAAAAAAGCACUGGAAGUGCUUCAGAAACCUUCAGUGCCUGAAGACCUUCAGUAUAAGUUUGCUCCAGACCUUAUCGCCCUUGAUGCAUAUGAAACUGUGGAGUCAUGGAUGGCUACGAAGAACCUGAACCCAAGAAAAUUGAUUCCUGCAAUGAUGCGUUAUUCCAGUGAACCUCAUGCAAAGAAUGAGACACAUGAGGUCAUCAAAUAUCUUGAAUAUUGUGUUCAUAGAUUGCAUAACGAAGAUCCUGGAGUUCAUAACUUGCUACUUUCUUUAUAUGCAAAGCAGGAAGAUGAUAGUGCACUUCUACGUUUCCUAGAAUGCAAGUUUGGGAAGGGACAAAUAAAUGGUCCUGAAUUCUUCUAUGAUCCUAAGUAUGCCCUGCGCCUUUGCCUCAAGCAAAAAAGAAUGCGUGCAUGUGUUCAUAUAUACAGCAUGAUGUCUAUGCAUGAAGAAGCAGUUGCUCUUGCCCUACAGGUUGAUCCAGAGCUAGCAAUGGCUGAAGCCGAUAAAGUUGAGGAUGAUGAAGAUUUGAGAAAGAAGCUGUGGCUCAUGAUCGCCAAGCAUGUUGUUGAACAAGAAAAAGGAACUAAGCGGGAAAACAUAAGGAAGGCAAUUGCUUUCCUUAAAGAAACUGAUGGUCUCUUGAAGAUAGAGGAUAUAUUACCAUUCUUUCCUGAUUUUGCCCUGAUUGAUGACUUCAAGGAGGCUAUCUGCUCAUCAUUGGAGGAUUACAACAAGCAAAUUGAACAACUAAAGGAGGAGAUGAAUGACGCUACCCAUGGUGCUGACAACAUUAGAAAAGAUAUUAGUGCACUUGCUCAGAGAUGCACUGUUAUUGAUCGUGAUGAGGAAUGCGGGGUAUGUCGCCGGAAAAUAUUAACUGCCGGCAGGGAGAUUGGCAUGGGGCGUGGUUAUACGUCCGUAGGGCCAAUGGCUCCUUUUUAUGUGUUCCCUUGUGGACAUGCCUUCCAUGCACAAUGCCUGAUUGCCCAUGAUAUUCCAUUGUGA